AUGUCGUGCAAACGAGUGCAGCAGCUAGUAUUAGCAGCAGCAACCGGGAGGCGCAUCGACCUGAAUGACUCGGCCACGGAUAAUCCGUCAGGCAUCACUCUCUUCCGGUGGUCAUCGUCGGCGAGCCCCGGCACGUGGACGGCCUCCAGGGACUUGCGCUUUCACCCGCAGGCUCGCCCUCCCCGGAAGCAAUAUGCCCAUACAAGCUCCUUCCAGGCAGACCUGAGCUUCGUGUCCCGAGGCAAGCUGGCCUUCUGGGUCGACCUCCUUCACGGCGGCGUGGUCUGCGACCUGCGGUCCGUUGUUGAUCCCGAGCUGCGGUUCGUCCCUCUGCCGCCGGACUGCAAACGGGAGUACCGCGCAGGACACACAAGGGGCACACCGACGAGCCACCGCACCAUGGGCUGCGUCGGGGACUCCGUGUCCGUGGUCAGGUUCGUCGAGAUCUCCGUCCUCGGCGACGGCCUUCCUGACCCGGACGACCCGCCUCUCCCUAGCGACAUCGUCGUGAACACCUGGACUCUGUCGAUGGGUGAUGAUAACCGAGGCCGGUGGGAGUGGAACAGAGACCGUGACAUGACGCUCCCUCUGCGGAAGCUCUGGGAGUGUGAGUCCUUCAGGCGGGAGAGGCUGUCGCGGCGGGCAGUGCCCAAGAACCCUGUCCUGUGCGCUGGCGACGAUGGGUUGCUCGUCUUCCUGCUCGGCGAUUACUACUACAAUAGCCGCGGGGACGUGCUGUGCCGCCGAGGCGAGUUCUUGGUCACCGUUGACAUGCGCCGCAAGGCUCUGGUUUCCAGUAGCCGUCGCCCUCUCAGCAGCGGUGUACCCAAGUCCUGUUAUGAUGAGCCUGAGGAACGCACACCUGGUGGAGGGUUUCCCCCUGAUGAACCCGAUAUCUGCGGUGGCAUGUUUUCGCGGGAUGACAAAUGUACCAUGGCCAAGGAGAAGAAGAGGAAGCGUUUUUGAGGUUAUUAUUAUCUGUGGUCUGAUUGAGCAAGCUGAAAGUAGGUCGUCAAGAGUAUCGUAGAUUUGUCGCUGUUAUUGUGCUGGACUAAUUUUGCCAAGCAUAACGCUUUUAUCAUGUAAUGGUUAUCGCUUGUAAUCUUGUUUCAAGGAUACAAGGAGUUCGUAAUCCAUUGGCACAUUGUUACCAACUUACCAGACACCAGGGGCAGGGAUCAUACGCAGUGGUCUCUUUGUUUCUUUCUGGAUCUCACUGUGCAGUUACUCUAU